GUAAGUUGAAAAAUCAACACAGUACAGAACACCUUUUACAGGUUUUCCUUUUCUUUUCUUGCUAUUUUUAUCAGUUUUAUAUUACACUAAAAAGAAAAUUAUAUACCUUUACCAUGUCUUCAAUUGAAUUUUUGGAACAAAAUUCAUGUACGUUUUCGGUGCUGGCUUGCAUUUUUCUAACGUUCUCAUAUGUCGCUAGUUUAUACGUUUGGAAGACCAAAUUGAGUAGAGACCAUCCUUCGACGAUAAAACGAAGGUUUUUCAGUGUAUCAUGCAUGAUGCUUCUGGCCCCUUUCUUCAGUCAAUAUUUUUUCACUGAAGAUACUACAAGGCGCGGGGACGUUUACGCCCACUUAGGGCUUCGUACUUCAGGGCUUAUUAGUGCCUCUAUCUUGCCAUUACUUCUAACAGCUAUUUUAUUUUUGGGACCUCUGACUAUGCAGUUUUUAUCAGGCAUCUGGAAACUGUAUGCAGAACCUGUUUACUGGGUAUCCAGUUGGCAGGACUGGGUUUGGGUGAGGAACCACUUCAUGGCACCACUCAGCGAAGAAUGGGUCUUCCGGGCCUGCAUGAUGCCACUAUUACUACAAUGCUUGGACCCAUUGACAGCAGUUUUCACAGGCCCAUUGCUAUUUGGUGUUGCUCACUUCCACCACAUGUUUGAGCAGCUUAAGGCCGGGUUUGAGUUUAAAACGGCACUAAUGAUCUCAACUUUCCAGUUCAUGUAUACAAGUUUGUUUGGGGCAUAUUCUGCAUACCUUUUUGUCAGAAGUGGCCAUUUCAUGGCUCCACUGGUCGCACAUAUGUUCUGCAACCACAUGGGCUUCCCCAACUUCGGCGAGAUCGGCCAGUUCCCCCCUCUACAACGAGUCACGAUCAUCUUCAACUUCCUCUUAGGCUUCGGCUUAUGGUGCUACCUCCUCACGCCUAUGACCAGCCCCGAUAUCUACGACAAUAGAUUGUACUCUGAAACGUGAAUAGGUUGUAAUUCGUAAGUUGUCAUCGUUCAUUCUCAAUUUCUGUAUUAGUAGGAUAAGUAUACGUGUUUACAAAGAGGUGGAUAAUUUUCGGAACAAGUGUAAUUAAGUUGAAAUAGUUCCGCGUUAUACAUCAAUCAAUGUGCGCAUGCUUAAACCUUAAUAAUAGGGUGAACUGCCCUAAUAAGUGGCCCCCCUCCUAAUAUCGGCCACCUACAGAAAUUGUGAAAGGAACGGUUGCCAUAACUGAAAGGGAACCGAAUAAUUCAUUUAAAGUAAACUAUAAAGUAAUUUACGCAAAUGUGAUUUAAUAUUCCUUGACAUUAUACAGGUUGUUCCAGGUGUAGAACUGUUAAGAACCUCACAAGAAAAUAGCCAUUAAUGCAAAAAAAAUCGACAUUUCUCAUUAAAUGCUUUGAUAGCCAGUUAAAGUUUCGAUUACUCCUGAGAUAUUCAUUUAAAUUGUAUGGUGUAAGGGACCAUUGUAAUCUGUAUGAAAUGCUUAAUAUAACUAACGUAUUUAAUUUGAUAAUUAUUAUUAAUACCGUAUCCGUGUAAAUAGCUUUGCAAAUACACCAUAUAAUGAAAUCUUUUUGUAGAAGAUAAAAAUGGGUAAGUUAUCCUUAAAAGAGAGACAUACACCAUCGCGGACUUUUUUGUAGACCAAUGUAAGAAAGACAAUUCCACCAUACAUUGUGUUGUUAUAUCUCUAACGGAUUGGGCAGCGUUUUCUAUUAAAGCUCUUAGCCAGCGUGAUUUUUUUCUGGCUUCAUUAGCAAAUAUCGUCAUAUUUCAUCCAAUAUACACAAAACCUUUACAAAUUAUACGACCUAACUUUCCUCAAGAAUCACUCUAUUCAUAGGUAAAAACCGCAUAAAAAUCCGUUCAGUAGUUUUCACUGAAAUUAUUACGAUUUACUUACUUCUCGCUUAACAGGUGUGACAAAAUACGGGCCUAUAGUUGCAACCUUGCAACUGCUGUGUGGCACUGUUGUCGUGCACGGUCCCAUCAUAAUCUUUGUCAACACAAAAACAUUAUAUUUACUGUGAAGUCAAAAACAACGCUUAGGUGGCUGAUAUAAGGGCAUUUCACCCUUUGUCAAUAAGGCGAUAACGACAUAAAGUUGUUACAGGAAAACGUCCUAUAACCAAGCAAAGCAACAACAAGUAACAAGACAUGGUAUUAGCAUUGUCCCGGUUGCAUCGGAACCCGGUUGCAUAACAUUUAACUAAAGAUUUAUAAAUCUAAUCAAUACGGCAAGUGGGCGGGUAAGUAUUGUUAGUGCUUAUUUAUGUUUGACUUAACUUUUAACUAUUGCGUUCUACGCAAGUAAUGUUAAAUUUUAUAAUGGGAAGAAAUGUUCCCAAAUGUGUUUUCCUUGUAUUGUUUUAUUUGUUAAAGUUACUUCUGACAUUAUUUUGUAACAACUUGUCCGUUUGUAUACAUAGUAUUUAGUUAAAAACAAUUAUUACUAUCACAUGUGAAUUACCUAUUGCAUUAAAACAAGCUAGAUGUAUACAUUCACAAUAUUGUUCAUUAUACGAUUAUAAAGAUUGCUCUAAAUUUCAUGUUAAACUUAGUUUUAAGAUGGUACGAGACUCAUGCCUAAAAUACAAAAGAAGUACCGCAAACUUGCUCAUCAUUCAUUGUCUACCAUGUCAACCAUUUCCUGGACUGUAAAAACAGUUUUUCUCUACCAAAACAAUAUAAUUGGAAGAUGGGCGACUUGUCACUAUCACCCCACUAUCAUUCCCCAAUACUCCCAAUAGUAGUUCAACAUUACAAAGUUCACGGUAAGGUUAGAUGGGGUAAGAGAAACAUUGGGGCAAGAGUAACACUUGUGGGGAAUCCUCAUUUUGUUUCUCUUGCCCUGAGCAAAAUAAAGCAUGUUUCUGUUACCCCACAUGACAUGAUGUUAUUAUAAAUUUAAGACAUAUAAAAUCGCAUAUUUGUGAACCGUACGGUUAUUUAAGCUUUUGUCAACGAUGUUGCGGGUAUUUUAUUUAUACUUUAGUGUAAUGCUAGCAAGCAUUUUAUCCUUUAUUCGCAUCACAUCACUUGAUCAACGAAUUAAUGACCCGUGAGCACAGCCAAAGGCUUAUUUAUUUUAUAAGAUGUGUAAAAUCUAAGAAAAUCGUGCCCUGGUGUUUGACAGCCGAAUUAAAUAGCGUUAUACGACCCCAUAUUUUUCUCAGUAGCUACUAUCGCGUAAUGUACGGGAUGUAGAGUUAGACUAAGAAAAGUCUGCAACGAUUUUGAUAGCACACGCAGUGAAAGUUUUAUUUUGAACGUCAAACUUCUAUGAAAUUAUGACGUAUAAGUAACACUUGCACUGCGUAUGCUAUAAUAAUCGUUGCAGACUUUUCUUGGUCCAACUACAGAAGAGGCAUCUAGUACGGCGGUCAAAUUCAAGGUACGAAUUUUCUUAGACUUUAUAACUUCUAUCAUCACUAACACUUUCCUAUAAUUGUAUCGACCUAUAUGAAAAGGGAUUUAAAAGAUUAUGUGCUCAUUAGCUUUAAGAAAGGUUUUAAAUGGGGUUGGCAACUGUCAAAGGUUUGUAUAGAUGGCUUCAGCAUAGGUUUCUAACCGGCCAAGUGCGAGUCCCACUCGCGUUCCAAGGGUUCCGUACAUUACUUACACAAUUUUUAACCAUAUAUUUUUUUAUGUGAAACGUGAGUGAAACAACUUUAAGAAACCCGUAGGGGUCGGAUCAAAAACGAAGUAAUUAAGUCUGACUCACGCUUGUCAUCUAUCUUAGGCAAAGAACUAUUUUGUGUGUUUUCAAAAUUUAAACCCAGUUGUU